AUGGGUGAUCGCACAACCUUGGUAGAGAAGCUUCUUGAUGGUUAUCGUUCUAAAGCCCAUGAACUCUUGAUGGACUAUCUCCGAAAUGAGAAGAUUCGGACAGAGACCGAACAGUACAUAGGACAGAAUGAGCCAUCUUCUAAAAGGGUGGAGGAGGCAUUUGAACAACAGCACAAACCCUCAAGGAACCUUCCGCGCCGUUCCGACUUGUCUUUGCAACAAGGGAGGAUCCGAAAGGACAUACCGGAUGCCAGAAACGGCUUGUACACCCCAUCCAACAGUGCAGGCUCGGUCAAGUCUGAAGCUUCGAGUCUGGCGUCUGCAGGCCUGGAAAGAAUAUACUUGAUCUCGUGCGAUGAGAUCGAGGACCAGCCAGUCACAUCACGAAGUGAACCCGUGAAACACUGUUUGAUCGGAGAUAGGGUAGUGAACAAUCGCAGCCUCGCCGCCAACAAAAUAAUCGUGGACGAGAGGGUAAAUGUGCCUCUCAGAUCUGGUGGUCAGAAAUCAGAGAAGGCAACAACCGCGGUGAGCCUGACUUGGCGUCGUCGCAAGGAGUUCACGACGAACGUGGACACGUUUUACAUUGUCUCAGCACUUCUGCUCGGGUGUGACGUGAUUCUAAGCUCCGAUCCAACUCUGAAUCGCCGAUUUCCUUCAGAGGUUGAAGAGGUGCAAUCACCACAAGAACGUUAUGAUCGAAGAGGAUUUGUGGAUAUUGAAGAGGUUGACCCAGCAUCUUCUCAGUACCCGCCAGCAGUGCCAUUGCAUUCUUAUCCACAAAACAGUUUGCCACCUAACAUGCAGAGGACAUAUGACAUCACGCAAGCUUUUAGGAGCUCUCAACGCAUGCGUUCAGGUGAACCAUCUGCCCCAGUCCUACAUCCAACGCGCAUCGAGCAUGGACUAUCAAAUCACGCACCUACACCUUACGCGGCACAGGAGCCUUCGAGCGGCCUACUUCAUUUGGCUGGCUUAUGGGAUAAAACACCAAUUAAGAUAUCUUUCGAUCCAGAAGCUUUGGGAGAGACUUUCUUCCAAGCCUUUUCCCAGUGGGCUGUAAAACGGAAACGUGAUGGUGAUUUGGAUCGACAGAGAAUGACGCUAUGGCUCAAAGCGAGCAAGAACAUGCCUGAUGACGAAGCAUACGAGCUCAGCUUGAAAGAAGGCGAAUUGGAGGAUCUCUGGGAGGACGCUGUCAAAUGGAUACAGGAGAACAGAGGCCCAAAGGCUCCGCAUCUUUAUGCAAUUGUCGAACUGGAAGCGGGGUGA